CAGUUCCCUCCCCUCCGGGUUCCCCAGUCCACACCUCCCUCCUCCACUCCCCUAACCCCCCACUCCCUCCUCCGCCCUAUUAAAACACCCACCAGCUCACUUGUUAAGACCCCCUUAAGUUGGAGGAGGCAGAAAGGCAACAACAGCGAGGAAGGAGAAGUCAAAGCGUCUGGAAAGAAUUACCCAGUCCUGGCUUCGAGCAGCCCAUUGAACCAGGGACUUGAACCAGCCCUAGCCAAAGACUUUUUCUCCCGAUUGAUUCUGCGCUUCCUGGGUUCUGCUGAGUCUUCACCGGCAUUUUUUUUUUUUUUAAUACGAAAAAGAGACUUUCCGUUAUCGGUGGGUGGGAGGGGGACUGGAACCCACAAAAAAAGUUAAUUUAUUUUUUAAAACUGAAAAAUUUUUUUUAAAAAGAGUUAGAAGACUGAAGUGCAACGGAAAUAAUAAAAAGAAUAUUAGUGAAUUUCCUUUCAAAGUGGGAGAGUACUAAACAUUUGAGACUCCCCCAUCUUUUUUAAAUGUUGUUUUUAAAUUUCUUAUUUUUUUUGGCCGGUCGUCUCAAAUUCAUCUGAUCUCUUAUUACCUCAAUUUUGGAAACUGCCUUCCAGCGACCCUCCGGGACCACACAGACAGGCUGAGGACGACUUUAUGACCGAGAGCUGAACAAGAUGCAUUGUGAGAGGUUUCUAUGCAUCCUGAGAAUAAUUGGAACCACACUUUUUGGAGUCUCUCUCCUCCUUGGAAUCACAGCUGCUUAUAUUGUUGGCUAUCAAUUUAUCCAAACGGAUAACUACUAUUUCUCUUUUGGACUGUAUGGUGCCUUUUUAGCAUCACACCUCAUCAUCCAAAGCCUAUUUGCCUUUUUGGAGCACCGAAAAAUGAAAAAAUCCCUAGAAACCCCCAUUAAAUUGAACAAAACUGUUGCUCUUUGCAUCGCUGCAUAUCAAGAAGAUCCAGACUACUUAAGGAAAUGUUUGCAAUCUGUGAAGAGGCUAACCUACCCUGGGAUUAAAGUCGUCAUGGUCAUCGAUGGGAACUCGGACGAUGACCUUUACAUGAUGGACAUCUUCAGUGAAGUCAUGGGCAGGGACAAAUCAGCUACCUACAUCUGGAAGAACAACUUCCACGAAAAGGGACCUGGUGAGACAGACGAGUCACAUAAAGAAAGCUCUCAGCAUGUAACCCAAUUGGUCCUGGCCAACAAAAGUGUUUGCAUCAUGCAAAAAUGGGGUGGAAAAAGAGAAGUCAUGUACACGGCCUUCAGAGCCCUGGGUCGAAGUGUGGAUUAUGUACAGGUGUGUGAUUCAGAUACUAUGCUUGACCCUGCUUCAUCUGUGGAGAUGGUGAAAGUUCUAGAAGAAGACCCCAUGGUUGGAGGUGUUGGGGGAGACGUACAGAUUUUAAACAAGUAUGAUUCCUGGAUCUCCUUCCUCAGCAGUGUGAGAUACUGGAUGGCCUUUAAUAUAGAGAGGGCCUGUCAGUCUUAUUUUGGGUGUGUCCAGUGCAUUAGUGGACCUUUGGGAAUGUACAGAAACUCCUUGCUGCAUGAGUUUGUGGAAGACUGGUACAAUCAGGAAUUUAUGGGCAACCAGUGUAGUUUCGGUGAUGACAGGCAUCUAACGAACCGGGUGCUGAGUCUGGGCUAUGCAACAAAAUACACAGCUCGAUCCAAGUGCCUUACUGAAACGCCUAUAGAAUAUCUUAGAUGGCUGAACCAGCAGACCCGUUGGAGCAAGUCCUACUUCCGGGAGUGGUUGUACAAUGCCAUGUGGUUCCACAAACAUCACUUGUGGAUGACCUACGAAGCCGUUAUCACUGGAUUCUUUCCUUUCUUUCUCAUUGCCACAGUAAUCCAGCUCUUCUACCGGGGUAAAAUUUGGAACAUCCUCCUCUUCUUGUUAACUGUCCAGCUCGUGGGUCUCAUAAAAUCAUCUUUUGCCAGCUGCCUUAGAGGAAAUAUCGUCAUGGUCUUUAUGUCUCUCUACUCAGUGUUAUACAUGUCCAGUUUACUUCCUGCUAAGAUGUUUGCAAUUGCAACGAUAAACAAAGCUGGGUGGGGCACAUCUGGAAGGAAAACCAUUGUUGUUAAUUUCAUAGGACUCAUUCCAGUGUCGGUUUGGUUUACAAUCCUCCUGGGUGGUGUGAUUUUCACCAUUUAUAAGGAAUCUAAAAAGCCAUUUUCAGAAUCCAAACAGACAGUCCUAAUUGUUGGAACAUUGCUCUAUGCAUGCUAUUGGGUCAUGCUUUUGACACUGUAUGUGGUUCUCAUCAAUAAGUGUGGCAGGCGGAAGAAGGGACAACAGUAUGACAUGGUGCUCGAUGUAUGAUCUCACAUUGUUGAUGUUUGCAGGCACACAAGCAGACACACACAACACCUUAGUUCCUCCAGGGGCGCUACAGUAAUUGUGGCAUCAGAUGAUGCCACCAAAGGAGACAUAUCACUGCUGCUGCGACUUGAACAAAGACAUUUUUAUGGAUUAUUUUGAUUCUGCCAAAGUAAAAUGAUACAUCAAUAAGAAGAAAUUGAAAUUAAUCUGUUAUUUCUAUGAAAAUGGGAUGGAUUCUUUGUUUAUGCACUUUUUCCUUACCGUGCAUCUGCCUGACAGUGUUUGCCCUAUAUACCUCACUAGCCAUGCUUUAUGUGGGUUAUCAUGGAAGAAAAGGAUUUUGGAAACUCAAGGAAAAGUUCUUUCAACCUAUACGACCUAACUUAUGGACUGUUUUGAUAGCUAAUUUUUUUAGGAAGGAUUUCUCUUCUUUUUAACUCUACCAAAUGAAAUGCCAAAGGAAAUGUCGAAGGCCGUUGGCUGUGCUGUAUUUUGAUAUAACUGUACUGUGUUUUAAAAUUUUGUAUGCUGAUUUUAAAAACAAAUUUUGCAUAUUCUAUAUUUUACUUUUCUGCCAAAAUACACCUGUUCUUCCUUUUUUUAAUAAAAAUAAAUUCUGAAAAAAAUCAUACUUAAAAAAAAAAGACUUGCCCAAAAUGUGAAGCUUGGUUAACUGAUGUUCAUGAUAGAAAGAAUAAAAUAUUUCUCUUAUUCUGUACCUUUUAAAAAUUGAAUAGUUUGUUUCUGUGAAAAGAAUUUAAAAUCUUCAAUAUUCUAACUUUUGGUUUUCAUUUAUUUUAGAAAAGGCCAAUAUAUCUGUUCCACUUUGGUAGUAAACAUACACACUUAUGUGUGUAUCAAAAGAAUUCAUUGAAGAGCAAGGUCCAAGGGUAGAAAAGUGCAAGUUUUUCUUCAGGUAAUAAAAAGGGAAUGCUAGUCCUUGAAAGAAAACACGAGGCAUUCAGCACUGGACAAAUCAUGAAUAUCAAAGAGGAAUAAUUCUAGCUAUGUUUUCCCAAACCAAAUAAAAUGGAAAGUGGAAAAAUUAUCUGAAUAAUUUGGACAAAUGUAACGCAGUUCUUCAAGGUCCUGUUUUAUAACCUGAAUGUACCAGUUCCUAUCUGUACAUUGAACAUUUUCAUCUAUUUUUUUUGAAUUGGUCAUUUUGCAUUAUGUAUUAAUAUGAUGUUUACCCAGGUGAACUGGAUAAAUUAUAACAAAUAUAAAACUUACAGAUUCAAAAUUGGCAGAUUAAAUCUCUGUGUCCUUCUACUUUCCAGGGAAGACUUUUUUUUCCCCUGAAUUAUUCAGAUAACGAAUGGCCUCAUCUCUCCUGUUCUUGGUCUCCAUAAAAAUGUCUGCACAAUAGAAAUGACAGCAAGAUCUAAUAAGACUAUCAAGAAUUGGCACAUAUAAAAGCUGAUGAACCUGAUACUCUGAACUUGACCAAUUUAGUUGCUACGGGGCCUCAUUUGUUCAGUUUGUCUUUUACAUGAUUGAUCUUGAGUUGUAGUUGGUGCUGUGUACACCUGUGUUGAUGCACAAUCAGAACAUGUGAAUAGUUGAAUAAAAAGCACUGUGGUGAAGCAGAGAUAGUGAAGAAGAUCAAGCAGAGUGCUCCUGUCUUUCUGCUUCCCUUUUAUGCAGAUACCUAGUACAAAUAUCCUAAGAAAAAAAAAACUGCAUGUUCUACCUACCGAGUAUAAAAAGGUACAUUCACCUUCUGAAUCUCAGACUCUCACGGAUUGGAGAGCCUGUGGGAAACAAACACACCAUGCCAAUAAUUAAGACUAAAACUUGAGUUUGCCUUUUUAACUAUUUAUGUUCUAAGUUAAGCUUUGAUAACAUUCAAAUGUCAAAUUCUCUCAUUCUUAAAAAGUUGAAUUAAUUGCCUGUAUUUAUUUUAGCAAUUAUUCAAUGUAUUUCCAGUAUAGGAUGUAUAGUAUAAUUGAUUUUUUGUAAAUAAAAUAUUUUUGAUAAA